AUGAUCAUCCAGCUAAUUUAUCUAGGUGUAUCAUACAUAAUGUUGAAGGUGCUCCCGACCAUAUACCAGUACACAUACUCCAAAUGCAGAAAUCACCAGGUGUGGGAAGGACUAAGAAAGAAGUAUGUUGUCAUCAACGGGGCAACGGGAAAGAUCGGGAGAGGGCUAGCAAAGAAGUUUGCAGAGAAGGGAAUGAAGGUUCUUCUUGUCGGAAGGAGUGAGUCCAGGCUUAUAAGGCUGCAUGCAGCUAUAGAAAGGAUGACGGAGUGCCACAUGCACAUUGUAGAUUAUAAAAGAAGCAACAAUCUGUCCUUCAUAGACAGGUAUGACGUGGGGAUUCUGAUAAACUGUGCCAGUACGAUGGAGGACAGCCCGGCAUACUUUGUGGAGCAGUCCAUCGAGGAGAUCAUGAAUGUUAACCUCGUUGGGGUGAUGUCGCUGACAAGGUAUGUGCUUGUGAACAUGAUGGACUGUGGGUACGGAUAUGUCAUCAACAUCGGGUCGCUGAUGGGGGAGGCGUCGACUCCUCUGUACUCUGCAUUUGGAUGUUCCAAGCAGGCUCUAAAGGCCCUGUCGGAUUCUCUCUACUACGAGCUGGAGGGAUACAACGUGAAUGUGGAGUACAUGGGUGUUGGAGAUAUGUCAUCUGAGGGCUGUGGAGAGAAGCCCUCGCUCCUAAGGCCUUCUUCGGAUACCCUUGCAGAAUCGAUUCUCAGCACAUUUGGAUCUGCGAAGAUGUCCAUACCAUAUCUUCCCCACUUCCUCAUGUAUCUUUUAAUUCUUUGCGUUCCUUCCCCACUUCUGAGUAGAAUAGUCUUCCAUAGAAACAAGCAGCGGAUGUUUGAGAUGAGAAGCCGCGAAUCGAGUUUUGAGGACCAAAAGGCGAAAUAG